CGGCCCUGAACUGGCGAAGGGGAUCUAUGAAUAGCAACGAACAAUGUGUUUCCCGCGUCAUGGGCAACAUCAGGCUGUACUGAAGACUAUCAAAACGAUGGAACAUGUUCCUAAUUUAAGAAAGUCCAGCAUUUGCUCUAUUGCUGGGGGUCCAACAAAGAAAUCUCCGCUCUCCGGGAACAGUUUUGCGUUUUUUUUGUUGUUCCUUCCUUUUCACUCACAACACCGCAAGACCAUGGCCGAAGCAGCCAGACAUAUCGCUCUUUUGAAUAAUAUAAUAGAUCAGCUUGCCCGAGAAGCUCAGGGUCUUAUUGGCAUAUUCCAGCGGGUUGCUCAACACCGCUCACCGGAAGACCUUCAAGCACUAUCCUCACAAUGGCUGACGAUACGGCUGCUCACAGCUUCCCUAAACCAAUCCUUGGAAGCUGGUUCCCACCGAACGACAUCCGACAACGACUUGCAGAUGUACAUUGACCAGCUCGGAGAAGUCGUGAUGAAGAUGGUGGAUGGGGUUGGAGAUAUGAAGACUCAUGAAUACAAUUUCCCGUUUUGCAUCUUGAAACUUCUUUCGGCUGUAAAGAAUGUGGUUAAGGUGCAUAUUGAAGGAUUGACCGGAACCAGUGCACCGUUGGCGUCCCCUUCAUCCACCGAACAGCGCCCAGCACAACAUGAUCGUGACCCCAAAAGCGACCCGUCGUCAGCCGCUAAACCUGUUUUGGAACGAUUGACAACGAACGUCCUGCCGAGUAUAGGAAAGACGCCUGACCUUCGUCCACGCUCUCCCACGACCUCAGAAACGAGGUCGUUCAAAACGCAAUCACCUGUUGGCGAAAACCCGACCACAAACGUUUAUGGCGACCGAGGUGGGUCAUUGGGACGACCCAAUGUUGUUGUUCAGGGAGCCGGUAUGAUCCCGUCUCGCUAUGGCUCUACUACAUCUGUAUCUGGGGAACAUGGGGACACAUUAGAAACCUCUAGCCAGGACAGAACAAAGCAUUCCAUUGACGAUGUGGCGUCCCUAGAGAAGGCGCUCAGCGCUGUAGGGGCUCAACUUGACCAAGACGACAACCAGCCUCCUCCGAUACCUCCAUUGUUUACCAAACCUACAAGGUCUCAAUCCGUCUCGGCUUUGAAUACUACUGAAGAGGAAGUUGUCAAGAGCAGAGAGAAUGUAGAUCACAAAGCAGUACUGAAAGAACGGGAUAAAGUGGAAGAACUGGAAGCGGUAGCAAUCCCUGACAAGUUCGAGGAGACGAGCAGUAUAGACGUGACGGUAGAAAUCCCAACUGUAGUCCCAGGGAGCACGGAAUUGAAUCUAGACCCUCAAGGCGACUCGCAGUUGGACAAGCCAUCAACAGAAGAAAGUGAUGUGUCAAUCUCAUUACCGACGCAAACAGAGGCACCAAAAGUGAACCCUGAGAUGAUCACACAGCAGGACACCACGGACAAGGUGGAGCCGACUGAAACACCAGCAGCAACAGAAACGGCAGAAACGGCAAAAACGGAAGAUAGAGAUGCGGUAGAGGGUCAACAUACACAAGCCCAAGUACCGAUACCAACCCAGGGAGAAACGCUAAACACUCACGUUCAAGUACCGGCAAUCACACCCACCAUAAGCAACGCAGAGACUGCAAAAGCAAGCCAUUCACCCGAGCCAUCACGCAACAAGGAAGCAACCCCAGCGAAAUCCACUGCAUCCCGUAAUAGCACUUGCUUGCCCGACACACUUCCCGCCAUAGAUACCUCAGCCACAGCAGAUCGCCUAGCCGCCGUCCGAGCCAAAAAGCAACUCAACCGAUCCUCACUUUUAUACGUCCCCUCUGUCCGACAAGCAGCAGCCUUCUUUGAGAACAAAAUUCACAAAGAAGCGGAAUCAGCCAACUCGCUCCGUAUUCGUUCUGCGUCAGGUCGCUCUUCAGUGCGGAUCCCCAAGCAGGGGUUAUCCGUGGAUCGUUUUGCGAGUAAUGAGGGGUCUAUGGAGGAUUUGUUUGCGGGUGCCUCUCCACGACCGGUUUCUCCUGUCCCAGAUGAGAAGCAAAGUGGUAUAAAGGACAAGGAAGCAGAAGCUGUUGAAGCGCGCACUGCUGAAAUGCGUACAGAGGCAGUGGAGGAGCAAGAAUCUCCAAAAACGGCUGUACCAGAUGAAGAGGUGGUCAAAGGAGACAAGCGAGUCCAUGACACCAGUUUGGAUAAAGGAGUCCGGCAAGAGUCUACUCAUUUUCCUAUCAAGGGCCGCUUGAAUGAGGAGAGUGUGCAGUCGCCUUCGGCCAAUACCCCGAGUACGGCAGUACAGGAAGAUCCUGUCCCCCGUCUAUCAGACGAAGCAUCCCGACAGAGAACCAAAGACCGGUUAUCAAAGUUGUUGGAUAUCGCUAAAGAUCUUUUAGCGGAGGAUGCUCUUGAUAACCUCGUUUCAAACGAUAUUGGACAUUUGCCAAUGACCAUCAUGCGUAUGGAGACGGACCAUGUUUCCCCUCCUCCUUUAUCUGCCGUGAAAGCUUCCGUAGAUGUUAAACCCACCAAGGAGGGCCCCGGAGAUUCACCCAUCAUGCGCGACCCACGGUUGUUGCAAUUCACCAAGGCCCAAUCCUUUGCAUCCAGCACGGCGACACUCGGGAAUUCAUCAUUCUCGACUGAAGAUCUUGUACCGUCGCACGCUAGUACAUCUGAUACGGGUUCUGUAUUGGUACCCGCUGAUACAGCAUCAUCAGAGAAACAGACUCUAUCUGGAGAGUUUGCGUUUGAUGCAUACUCUGAUGAAACGGCUCAUGAUGCGCAGCAAAAAGAGGAUGAGACGGCGCGGCAGUCCAUUAGACCCGUAGAACCCACCACCAGUGAUCCAUUACCGGUAUUGACGACCUCGUCUUCGUUCCCGGAAUUAACUAUGCCGGGUACGACAAAGUUUUAUGGAUCGGCUGCGGAUCUGUUGGCAAAUGACGAUACACGAGUCAAAUCGUUCAUUCGGGAUUUUACAAGUGAGGAAAACGCUACAAGUAGUACAUCGUUGAGUCGAGAGCAUGCCGUGAGUGAAGAGCCAGUUUGGAAGCCACAUGGUUCUGCCAUGGAUAGUAGUGAAACUGGUGAAAUCACCGAGGAUCUAGUUAAACAGGUGGAAAUGGGUGAGCAAGAAGCUGAAGCGAUAGAGCAAGCGGAAAGCAAAGCGGAAGAAGAAAAAGACGCAAAGAGGCAAUCUCAAGCUUUUCCUGUUGAUUUGACUGGCGGUGCGGAAGGAGAGGAGCGAGGUUUUGCCUUGAGAGGCGGACGAGCCAUGACAGAUGUUCAACAAUUACGACAAAGCCUCGCUGCUCGACUUGUCCAAACCCUCCAAUACCAACCUCCCGAACCCACCCGGCCCCUAUCCGCGCACAUUACAAACGUAUCAACCCAAGCCGAGGCCCCAACAUCACAGGCACUGACCAUCAUGCUCAUGCCACUCAAUGGCCAGUUCCCACUUCACACCAUUGAACUCGUACAGCCCUACCGUCUCGGUCGCGGAAACCCCCGAGAAGGAUUCAAAUCCUUUUCAUCACAAGUCGUAUCCCGUAACCACUGUGAUAUCUUUGCUCAGGAUGAUAAAGUCUACAUUCAAGACUGUGGAAGUAAUUCUGGGACGUUUUUGAAUGGUGUUCGUAUGAGUGAUGCGGGUACCAAGAGUGAGCCUGUUGAAGUCCGUAGUGGGGAUUUUGUACAAUUGGGAAAAGAUUAUGAGGGUGCAGCUGUUGGAAAUCUACCAGAAGCUCGACGACGAUGUGUCAAGAUGCAGAUUGUCAUUCUGAACCGUGACCAUCAACAAUCAUCGCCCUCCCAACAACUCCAGGAACAAACCAUAGAUCAAACACAACGAGAACAACAAGAUGCUAUGCAACCACAGCUAACUCAUUUUCAAAUUACAGUACCGCUUCCGAAGACGACCUCCGAAAAGACCCCGACGACGUUAAUAUCUCUAAAGCACGGGACAGCCGUAAAGGGCUAUCCAUGAUCAACCCCCUCCGCAUCUCCACCGUCGUCCCACCAACACCCCAACCCCUAACCUCAACGCUCACAACAGCAGUCCCAACCACACCACACCAACAAGAAAAAACGGGUAGAAGUAAAUAUACGGUAGCGAUAUCGGGUACAAAGGAAAAAGUUCGCAAAGUCCAGGUGGUGGGUGCGGAUGGUAAGGAUGUUUUGAUGGUUGGGUUAAAGUUUUGGGAAAGUAAACGGGUGAUUACAAUCCAAGACCUCCGUCCAACCUACGAACACCACAACCCUUCCUUAGAAAUCUUUCCAGACCCCACCACAAAACCCACAGACCCCUUCUCAACAACCCCCUUUGUCGUAACAACGGCCACAGGAGCCGGAAUGGGUACACUAAAAUACACAUCAAAUAUUAAACUCGCCAUUGAAACGGCUCCAUCGCAAACAGACGAAAAUGGUGACACCAAAAUAGGAGACGAUGGUGAUGCGGUUUCGUUUUCGGUUACUGGGGAUUUAAAGGAACAGAAAUAUAUUCUUGUUAUGCGACGGUUGAAUUCGAGGGAGCAGAGAGUUGUUGGUGAGGCUAGUGGUAAAGUCCUCGUUCGUAAAAGUGUGCGGGAAAAUAAGUGGGCUGUGAAUGUUGAGAUGGAGGAUGGUGUGUUUGGGCAGUUGUACAUGGCGGCUGUAGUAUUCGCCUGUGUUUCUGGGGGAAUGAUUGCGUAAAAAAGCAAACAAGAGAUAACUUUUUUUUUUUUUUGUUGUUCUUGUGUGUGUGUUGU